AUGGAAAGAUUAGGAUCGUCUUCCAUCGAUUAUGUCUGUUUACCGCGCCGUUAUGAUUCGAUCGAAACCGUCAUUGAUAGUGCACAUCAUCUUGCUGAUUUGAAAGCCGAUGAAACGACAAACGACCAAUUUUCUUCAAAGCAAUUAAUGAAUGUCAAAGUGCCAGAAAUAGUGAAACUUCCGACAUCCUAUAUGAGGGCAAUAACGUCGCAAACAAAAGAAUUUACUCCAGUUGAUCAUAUUCUCGCCAGUUAUGACAUGCGAAAUCUGUCAAAAUUCUAUGCACCACCAGGAAGCGCGGAAAAAGCUGCAUAUGCUUUGCUAAGUCUCGAAAAGGGUUCACCGAUUACAAUUCUUACCGGUUUCUGUGUGACAGCAAAACUUGUGGAUAGUAAAAAGACACCAGUAGCUGAAACAGAUGGCCCUCCAGGAGCAGUGCUUGCAGGUGAAACGCUUCGCAAACUUUCUUAUUCUGUGUCAUAUGUUGCUGACCCGAUCACAUGUAAUGUGCUUCGUGCGUGUUUGAAAUCAAUCCAAGUCGCUGACAAUUGUGUUCACGAAUUUAUUGCGCGUCAUGAUGAAAAGGAACAAGUUGAGGAAGCACAUAGACUCAUUAAUGAGCUGAAACCCAAAGCGAUGAUUACUGGAGAGCUCAGCAGUCGUAGUUGGCAUGAUGGAAUCCGUCGAAACAUGAGAGGUGCCAAUAUUAACGAUUGGAAUCCGCCAGUCGAUGAAAUGCUUGUUCAAUUUAAAGGUAAAGGUAUUAUCAUCGCAAUCGGUGAUGGUGGCAAUGAGGCUGGCAUGGCGAAUCUAAAAGAUAAUAUCCCGCUUGCACUAGAUGGCAAAACUAUUAUGGCAAGUGGUGUAUACUCAGAUAUUCCUGUUACCUCAUGGAAUUCAAAUCUCGGUUUUCAAGCAGUUGCUUCCAUUGCUGCCGCAGUGGAAGGUAAAUUUGAACUGAUUCCGACGGCGGAUCAAGUCGUCAAAACAAUUGAAGCUGCUUUAGAUGCAGGUGCAGUGGAAGGCAUCACUUUAGGAAAACAAGAGAAUUCUUUAAACGGAACUUAUGCAACACGCGGUGUAGAUGGUUUUGCUCCUUCUGUUCAUGCAGCUGAUCAAGAUAAACUGAAAAGUACACUGAUCCAAAUGAAAACAAAAGCCAUGUUAUAA